UGGAAAUACGAAUAUACCUGUACUUGGCCAUUAUGAAAACUACUGCGUAGAUGUGCAAAUUUAUUUUAUUCGUGUGAUAAAGACAUUGGAUUGUUAAUUUAAAGGUUUUUUUUCAAAUGCCAUAUUCAAAAUGUAAUUGGCAGUUUUUCAUUGUUAACAAAAUGUCAACAUGUUCCAUUUUACUUUGUUGUGUAGGAAAAAGUCGGUAAAGUUGUCAAAUCUAUUUAUCUGAUAAUAAGGAAAUGCUGGAAGGGCAUAAUAAUGUUAAAGGAGAAGAAAAUCAACUGAGCAACAUGGGAGCUACUAGAAAUAUGCCUUCCUCCAGAAUAAUUGUUCUUCAGGAAAGGAAGAAACAACUAGAAGAAGCUUUAGCUAAAAGAAACCAGGAAUUGAAGCAGUUAUGCAUUCAGGAGGCAGAACUGACGGGGGUAACUCCUCCUGAAAUGCCCUUGGAACCAGGAGAAAACUUCCCUCAGAUAAGAAGACGUAUAGGAACUUCUUUUCAGCUACCUGAAACGCUUGUUAAAAAUGCUAGUGACAAAGAUGAAAUGAUUGCAGCUCUGGAGCUGGAAAUCCAACUACAUGCCAAUAUGGCAGAGGCAGCUUUGGGCUUAGCUAAUGAACACAAUAUGAGUAAGACUAUGAAGAGGCAACAUCGAUCUGAGUAUCAGAAACAUAAACAAAAAGGUUUAGAAUUACAAGAAAAACUGGCAGCGUUGAAGGAAAAGGCUGCUGUAGAACAACAGAAACAAAAGAAAAAGCUAAGAGCCCCUGACAAUGUUAGCAAUGCGGAUGACACAAUUUCACUUAAUACAAAUGGAAGCGAUCCUUUCCUAAAGACUGACCCCCGUCAUAGUAUGAGUUCAGCAAAGCACAGUAUAACAGGAGACAGUGCAGUAGAACUCAGGUAUCGACAAGAACCUUCAAGGCAAUACAGAAUUACGGAGUUACCAUAUCUUGCAAAUCAGGCGAAUAAACCAGAUGAUGUAUUGAAUGGCGGCUUUUAUAGAUUGAGCCUAAAUGGAUAUAACAAGUACAUGGAAAGGCGAGAAAACAUCAACAAUGUAUAUCCAGCUGGGUAUAUUACUGGACCUCAACAGUUUCAAUAUAACUCGCAAAUGUCAUUAAAUCAACAUAUGCAACAUAGUUUCCCAUAUCAACAAAAUAGUCCAAUUUCUCCGCAUAAUCCGCUUUUGUCCCAGCACAGUCCUCACUUGUCUCAACAUAGCCCCCAUUUUGUUCAUAUUUCCCAGCAUAAACCUCAGCACAGUCCACAGAAGUUAUCCCAGUACCCACCGUAUUCUUCAGAAUUUACCGAUUUAGCUCAUAGACAAUCUAGUCCAACAACGUCGCUCUCUCCUAAAUCUCAUUAUUAUCCAUCCCACCCUACACUUACGAGACAAAAUUAUAGGCAAUACGAGAGUGAUGUUUUGUAUCGGAAUCCUCACCAAAUACAGCCACAUCAGCAAUAUGAGCAGAUGAAUGUUAUGGCAGCCGGAUUGGGUGGUUAUUGGAAAAAAACCCAAACCGGUGAGUUGAUCUGGUACUCUUCUUCAGUUGUGGAUGGCACAUGGCAAAGAGAUAAAAGAUUUGGUAGCUUAGAUAGGAGAAAAACCAAAAGAGUUUCCAGUCGUAUAUCACCAAAUAUGGAGAAUAAAUCAGCUACUUUAUCUACUGUUUCUAAUUAUCAAGGACAAGUUAGAAGUGCUUCUGUAAAAAAUUCACAGAUACUUAGCCGCAGAUCUCAAGAUAAUGGUCAAUUAGUGAGAACUCAAUCUUUAGGUAGUGUAGGAGCUAUAACAAUAGAUAGUGUAUACCCAACUGAUGAUAGUUCUUCAUAUGGUAGUGAUUGCCGGAACAUGGAUCCCAACCAAAUCUCCAAAAAGCAUAAAGAAAAAGAAUGGUUAGAGACAUCUUUAGAUGGUCCGAUUUCCCCUCAAGGACCUCCAUCACCAGCAAGUCCCAUUUCUCCAUCUCAACCACCACCUGCAGUUACAUCGUCUCAUUCGCAACCUCCGAUGCCUGUUUUUCUAACUGAAGACAAAGUUCCUAAAGAGAUUCCAGCUGAAUCCAAUCCUUCACCAAAAGUUCGCGAAACCAACAUCGAGCUGUUCAAUAAUAACAUACCAAAAAAUUGUACAAUCGUUCAAGCAGGACACUGUAAGCCUUACCAUGAAGAAACCAAACCAUUUGAAAUGUCAGACUUUUAUAAAUACUCUACGAAGUUCAAAAAAUCGCCAAUUAAAUCGGAUGUAGAAGGAAAUAAGCCUAAAUUAUCUGUUAGUGGAACAAGCCAAACAUGUUUAAGUGACAAGUUUGAGGAACUUCCUAAAAACAUGUCUACAUCUAACUAUCAAAAUAUAAAUAAUAGUGGCACCCCUACAACUUUACAUAAUUUCCUUAAUACCAGUUUGGAAUUGGACCGUCUAGCGGUUUCCGAACAUUUCUCCGACGAGAUGAAUGCUUGGUACAGGGAACAGCGCACCACAAAUAAUAAUUCAGAUAACAGUACCACUAAAAGCAGAUCAACAGCAACGUUAGUUUAAUUUUGUAUUUAGACAAAGAGUACAAGGCUUAAAAAAUUGAUAAUAAUGUAUAUAAUAAUGUACAUAGGUUUAGGCAAUAAGAAAGACACAGAGGUAUCUCCGUCUUGUUACACAUUGUUAAUACCCGAUUUGCUAUUUAAAGUUAAUGAAAAAUAAUAUAAAUCAGCAUAUAUCACUGAUUUGUGAAAACAGCAUCUAUACUUUUGUAUUCUUUUCUAAUAUCCUCAUGUAAUAUCGCCUAAGAUGUAUUAGUUCUCAAACAUCGUUUGCAAAACCAAAUUAUAGAAAACGUUCAAUAGGCAACUUGAACGUGUGCUAAAGGCACACGUAUAGCUGUCAAUUGCGUUCACAUGUAUUCCCUUUCAGUAAAUUGGAUUUCCACGUAUGCGCACUUUCUCCAUCACUCUACUAGCACAAAAGGCUGUGUAAUCUAGUUGCAAGUUAGCUACAGGCAUACCAGCUACCGUUAAUGUAUACCCAUACCAUUUAGAAAUAUAUUCUACGCAAAUAUUGUCAAUUCAAAACUACUCUGUAGAAACUUACCAUCUACUGGCAUGCGCGUAAGUGUUAAGAGUGUUUACCCAUUUCUUAUCCACGCAUUCAUACUACCUUUCUUUCCCGCUCUACUAGCCCGAAAAGUUGUGCAAUCUACUUGUAAAUCAGCUAUAAUAGUUAUCGUUAAUAUGUAUACACAUGUCAUUUAGAAGACAAUAGCUGGUAUGUACAAGUUAGGGGCAUGUGUUAUUCCUGACAUGUUUUGAAUACUUAAAUCGUAGAUCUUAGAUUUAUUUACAUCAUAAAAUAGUUGACAAGACGGAGACGCACAUUGUUCUUUUGUAAAUGUUUAGAUAGCAGAUUUAUUACUGAAAAAAUUUCAGUAUAAUUUUUAAUUUACUGACCGUUCUACAAAGUCAUUAAUAUGACAGUACUUAAAUUUUUAUUUGACAUACGGGUGUUUUUCGUGGGGAAAUCUUUAAAAACGAGAUAACGAGUUUAACAGAUGGAAUAAUUUAAGUACUGAGUAUUUUAUCCAUGACAUUUUUACUUAUCUGAGAAAAAAUGCUUCAAAUUUAA